GCUACUCCAGCUGAUUCAAACCAAGCUAGGAAAAAGAAAGAAACGAGUUAAUACUACUACGUCGUAUAUAAACGUAUACACGUCGAUGGCCACAUGCUGGCUACUUGCCAGCCUGCUGCUUUUGGCUUCCGCCGCCGGCGACGAGAGCGUCGUCACCGGCCGGCCUGCCGGCUGCCAGGCUAGGUGCGGCGACGUCGACAUUCCCUACCCGUUCGGCAUCGGCCCCAACUGCUCCCGUGGGGAGGGCUUCGAGAUCGCCUGCAACACCCGAAACGGCAACGGCGACCUGGUGCCGACCCUCGCCGCCGCCAACGGCAGCAUCCAUGUGCAGAGCCUGUCGGUGGAACAGCUCCCGGAGGUGAAGGUGAUGCUUCCCGUGGCGUACAAGUGCUACGACGCCGGCGACAACGUCACCAGGAGGUUCUACGGCGAUGUAGACCUCAACAACAACGGCGUGUACCGCAUCUCCGACAGCCGCAACAUGUUCGUUGUGAUCGGGUGCAACACCCUGUCCUACACACAGAAUGGGAACAGCGGUGGCAGCAACACCCACUACAGCGGACUCUUCUACACCGGCUGCGUCACCUACUGCAACGACUCCCGGAGCGCGCAGGAUGGCCGGUGCGCCGGCGUCGGCUGCUGCCAUGUCGACAUCUCGCCGGGCCUCACCGACAACGUCGUCUCCUUCGGGCCCUGGACGCGUGGCUUCCAGGUAGACUUCAGCCCCUGCGACUACUCCUUCCUCGUCGACAAGAACGAGUACGAGUUCCGUAGCGCCGAUCUCAAGAUGGACCUCAACCGAACCAUGCCGGUGUGGCUGGACUGGGCCAUCCGUGACUCCGUUACCUGCCCUCCACUGGAGGUGCAGGAGAAGAAACCGGCUGGGUACGCGUGUGUGAGCGACAACAGCGAGUGCGUCAACUCCACCAACGGUCCCGGAUACUACUGCAAGUGCAAGCAAGGCUACGAGGGUAACCCCUACGACAAGGACCAAGGUUGCAAGGACAUCAACGAGUGUGAUGUGUCCAACAAGAAGAAAUAUCCCUGCUACGGUGUCUGCAACAACAUCCCAGGGGAUUAUGAAUGCCACUGCCGUGUGGGUUACCAGUGGAGUGGUGAAGGCCCCAAGAAACAAGAGUGCAGCUCAAAAUUCCCUCUUGCAGCAAGGCUUGCCCUAGGCAUCACUUUGGGAUUUUCCUUCCUAAUUGUUGCUGUUCUUUUCACGCUAAUGAUGCACCAAAAGCGAAAAAUGAAUGAAUAUUUCAAAAAGAAUGGUGGUUCAGUGCUACAGAAAGUGGACAAUGUCAAGAUUUUCUCCAAAGAUGAGCUAAAGAAAAUCACAAAGAAUAAUUCAGAAGUUCUUGGUCAAGGAGGCUUUGGUAAGGUGUACAAAGGGACUCUUGAAGACAAUACUACGGUUGCUGUGAAGACGUCAAUUGAGGUAAAUGAAGCUCGAAAGGAUGAUUUCACAAAUGAAGUGAUCAUCCAAUCGCAAAUGAUGCAUAAUAACAUUAUCAAGCUUUUGGGUUGUUGCUUGGAAGUGGAUGUUCCAAUGUUGGUGUAUGAGUUUGCCGCUAAGGGAAAUCUUCAAGACAUUCUCCAUGGUGAUGCCAACAUCCCUCUCCCGUUGGGCUUACGCCUAAACAUCGCAAUUGAAUCAGCUGAAGGUCUAAGGUACAUGCACUCAUCAACAAGUCGUACCAUACGACAUGGUGAUGUCAAGCCAGCCAACAUACUUUUAACAGAUAAGUUUAUCCCCAAGAUCUCAUAUUUUGGGACAUCUAAGCUUCUUACUGUAGACAAAGAUUUCACCAUGUUUGUUGUAGGAAGCAUGGGCUACAUAGAUCCAGUAUUCCAUAAGACCGGCCAUUUAACACAAAAGAGUGAUGUAUACAGUUUUGGAGUUGUACUGCUAGAGCUCAUAUGUAGGAAGCCAACAAUAUAUGGUGAAAAUUGUAGCCUCAUCAUUGAGUUCCAAAAUGCCUAUGAUCAAGAGAACAGUGGGAGGAUAAUGUUUGACAAGGAGAUUGCAAAACAAGAAGAUAUCCUAAUCCUAGAAGAAAUAGGCAGAUUAGCAAUGGAGUGUUUGAAAGAAAAGGUUGAAGAGCGACCUGAUAUGAAGGAGGUAGCAGAACGACUUGUUAUGCUGAGAAGAUCUAGGAAGUGUGGAUAGGGAAAUUAUAGUCUAAGUCCUCAGCGCUGUGAGGAGAUUACUAUUGAGGGAACUCCUAAGAACUUUGGUGCUAGCAUCAGUGCAAGUAGUAGUGCGACGCUUUCUGCACCAGCCACUCCACUUAACUAAGAAGGAGGACAAUAGGAAGGAUCUACGAACAGAAAUAUAUAUUUUGUGGUAUGCGAUUUUGUGGUAUGCAUGAUAUAAUCAAUGUUAUCAAUCAGUGUCAUUUCAUUUAAAGUAAAUUGUGUUUUUCAAGUAUGUAUCUCCUAUUUAUGUUUUCUGUAAUUUUUGAAGCGACUUUUGUGUACUGUAGUACAAAACUGUGUAAUCUAUUGUUGUUGUGUGGAACUCAGGUCAUGUUAUAACUAUUGUUGGUGUGUGGAACUCGAUCGGGUCAUGUUAUAUAUUGUCUA